AUCAAGUGCACCCCAAACACUCAAACACACUCCCACUGCGCACCACAUACACACACACACCCGGUGCAUGCUGCAGACUGGAUUGUCCAUUGUUGUUCAGAUCUUUACCAUGAAAUAAAGCAGGACUUUCUUCUGGAAUAAAGCAGCAGCUGUUUGGAGAUCUUCUCCUCCAUCAGGCUCUAUGAUCUAACAGGUGUGUUUCUGUAUAAGAGAUGGGACCCGUACCCCUGAGUCUCCUGCUCUCUGUACUGUUCCUGCUGUGUAUCUCUCCAGCUCUGAGCUCAGGUGAGGAUGACUACACCUGGCCACAGAGGAAGAUGCCGCUCGUGCUCGACAAACGCACAGUGCGUCUGAGCGCCUCGAGCUUCUCGUCUGAGCAUCAGUCAGAGCUGAACGGCACGUGUGGGAUCGAAUGUCAGCGUGAGUUUCCGGAGCCGAGCUUGGAGGCUCUCCAGGAGAUGCUUUCUUACGAAACCAUGUACGAGAACGGCACACGCACACUCACGUCUGUCAUGCUGCAGGAGGUCAUGGCCGAGAACACGUCUUCAUCCUCCACAUCCCGGCGUAAGCGUGAAGUCUACGGCCCGGACACACGCUUCACCAUCUCCGACAAGCAGUACUCGAUGAAGUAUCCGUUCUCCACCGCCGUGAAGAUUUCCACCGGCUGCACUGGUGUGCUUGUGUCACCCAAACACGUACUGACCGCAGCUCACUGCAUCCACGACGGCACGGAUUACAUCAAAGGGGCAGAGAAGUUAAGCGUGGGAGUUCUGCGUGACAAGAAGAAGGGAGGAAAGAGAAGACGUGGGAAGGGCAGAAAGGAGGAGGGUGAGGCAGAGAAAGUGGAAACGGAGAUGGGGGGAAAGAAACGAGAGCGAAAGUCUAAAGGUCGGAAGAGUCGGAACAAGCGGAGCGCGGAGUCUGGAAAGCCAACAUUUCGCUGGACGCGCGUGAAGAAGACACAGAUCCCCAAAGGCUGGUUUAAAGGCGUUUCAGACAGUGCAGAGGCUGAUUACGAUUACGCCGUGCUCGAGCUGAAGAAGGCACAGAAGGUGCACCACAUGGAGCUCGGCAUCAUCCUGUCUGUAAAAAAGCUUCCCGCUUCACGCAUCCACUUCUCAGGGUUCGAUGACGACCGGCCCGGGAACCUGGUGUACCGGUUCUGCUCCGUUUCAGACGAGUCCAACGACCUCAUGUACCAGCAGUGUGACGCGAAGCCCGGAGCGAGCGGUGCCGGUGUGUACGUGCGUCUGAAGGAGCCGGGGAAGAGGAAGUGGAAGCGGAAGGUCAUCGGCGUGUUUACGGGGCAUCAGUGGGUGCAGGUGAACGGCCAGCAGCAGGAUUAUAAUGUAGCUGUGAGAAUCACACCGGUGAAAUUCGCACAGAUCUGUUCCUGGGUACACGGAGACUCCAGCAUGUGCCAAAACACCUAAUGGAAUUAAACUACCCUGCCUUUUACCCCAUUAACCCCAACCCCCUGCUCUCACACUUUAUAACCUUGGAGUUAUCCAAACAGUGUGAAGAAGUUUAGCAGUUUACACUUAUUUUCAAAACUCCUUCUGCACCUCCCAUACCACGUCUACCCUGUCCAUAACCCCCUCUGCCCCUCCAUUAGCCCAUCUGCCCCUUCUCCUUCCCCAUCUGCCCCUCUCUUACCCUAUCUGCCCCACCCAUUACCCUGUCUGCCCCUCCCUUACCCCAUCUGCCCCCCUUUCUUACCCUAUUUUUUUUCACAUCAGCUGCACUCAUCUUUUUCCCUUGUCUUCUGAACCCAUUUCUUUAACCAUUUCUGUUCUUUAUAAAAUUAUUCCCAAAAAAAGCGUUUUAAAUCCAGGCGAGAAAAAGGUCAGCAUUAAUGUAUUUUUUUUUUAUAAUGAAUUAUUGUAUUGUUAUUAUUUUAAUCAUCCUAAAGUCUCAGGGCUCCAGUCAGACCCUGUACUUCCUUCUGCACCGAACAUUCAUCACUGUAACACAAACAGCUCAUAAACAUCAUUUAUUUUUAGUUUAAAACAAACCUGCUAAAAAGUUGUUGUUUCAGGAUUCACUUGAUUUAAAACAGCUUUGAAAAAUUAAAGUAAAACAAUUGUUAUUUUUCGCAAGUCAUCCGUUGCUUUUAAGCAAAUUUGGUAGUUUAUGACUCAGAAAAAUUUUUUUUCUCAGAGAAGAUUUGGUAUUUUAUUGGUGAUUUCUAUAUUGUGUUUUUUUUUAAAAAAUGUUUCCUAAUUUGCUCAGUGUUCUGAUGGUGUUUCGGUCAUUGCUGUAACCUGCUAAGUUUUGAUGUAAGUUUUGUUGACGUCGUCCUGGUGAAUGUCGUGUUAUAAACUGAUGCAGACGCUCACAUCGACGUUUUGGUGCUAAUUUAAUGUUUGAUGUUCAACUUAUUGUUUUCAGGCUCGUCAGAGUGUUAUUGAGUAAUGUACUGUAGAAUUAUAGAAAUCUUUAGUCUGCUAAAUUUAAUGUUAACAUUGCAGAAGAUUAUUUAAAUUCCAUUGCCGCUGGGCAUUUUGUUGUUGUUAUAACGAGAGUAAAAGACGUAAAUAAUGGAGGAGUAAAUCAGGAGCGUUGCUGUAAAUUCAGAUUUUCCAAAAUGUGUUGGAUUUUUUUUUAAAGACCAAAUAAAUUAUGAUUCAUACAAAAA